AAUAUAACACAAAUACAGUGAUACGUGCUCUAGUAAAAAAUCUUCGGCCUACAAAAUAGGUUAGAAAGAUGAGCGUUAAAGUAAUCGUCCGUUUGAUCGUGUGUCUGUGUUUUAUUACCGUAUUAAUGACUACAUGUGAAAGUAAACGUGGUGGUGGUGGACGUAGAGGUGGAACUUAUCGAGGAUCCUCAAGUGUUUGGAGCAAAUCUAAGCAAUCGGCGACUGGAAGUAAUUACGACCUAUAUAACUCCAACAGAGGUAAAUCUAAGAACCAACCGCUGCCGGAAGUGGCAAAGAAACCGAGUGGGUCAGUGGAGACCCCCAAGGCUUCAGCCCCACCCGCUCCGCCUAAAAGUAAUGAUGCCAAGCAAACAUCUGGAGCGUUUUUGAAUCAAGAAAGAGCACACGAUGUUCAACAAAAACCGAUCGGUUGGGAUACCCAAAUCAAGAAUACCCCCACAAACACUCAGCAGCAGCCUAUUGGGUGGAACGUAAACCGUGAUAGUGGAAGUGUAAGCAAACAAUCAGUUACCAACGUUGGUAGCAGUAAUGUGGGUAACGCUCCCCCAUAUUCGCCGGGUAAUACUGGACAGAGCACGUAUGGAAAUCCCCCUCCUUACUCUCCCAACAGUGGACAACACAAUUACGGCAAUCCGCCGGCUUACAGCGGCAAUGCAGGGCAAUCUAACUACGGAUAUCCUCCAGCUUACAGUGCCGGGGUCAAUCAGCACGGAAAUCCACCCCCUUACUCCUAUGGUGCGAACUCUCCCUCGUACGGCGCUGGUGCACCGCAUCAAAAUUUUGGUAGCCCAUAUGGCUCUAAUCAGUAUAAUCCGCACCAAACGGUUCCCAAUUUUCAACAAAAUCCACAUUAUGGUGGUGGAAUGUACAAUCCUUACGGUGGUGGUUACGGCGGUGGUUACGGCGGUGGUUACGGCGGUGGUUAUGGUGGACAAAAACCUGGGCUGUUAGGUUCGAUAUUUGGAGGAAAUAAAUAUGGAAGUAUGGGGUAUGGAGGGUACGGCGUAGGAGGAUACGGAAAGAAAUUCGGUGGUGGAUUUGGUAUGGGCUUCGGUAAAAACGCCUAUCGCAACUUAGCCAUAGGGUUACUCGUUUGGAAUUUGGUUUCGGGCUUUACUCGCCGGCCCUAUUACGUUUACAACUAUUACAAUAAUCCCGAAAAAGUUCCAGCAGAAAUUCCGCUGCCUGCUAAUGCUAUUGUGAUGUGUCCAGAAAACACAACCUCACUGUGCGCUCCAAAUACGCUUCCACUAUGCACAUCUCAAGAGUCCAUUUUUUGCGUCGCGCUGGCACAGCAAACUGUACCGUGCGGCGAGAAUUCAACUAUGAAGUGUGUCAACAGUACAGUAGCAUGUAAUGAAAGUGAUGAUGAUAAUUGCAAUCAAUUUCCAAAUAAAAAUGGCACGGGAGCAGUUAACGUACCUUGCGUAUCUAGUGUAACAGUAACAGGCAAGCUAAACGACGCCGCAAUACCGCUGGCAAAUACAGGCAACACCACAAACUUUUGCGUAACAACCAUGGCAAUGCCCCAACCUGAAGAAGACAUAAAAAAGAGCGAGGAGAUCAACUGCACUUCUAAUUCUACGGAAAUUGGACAGUCAUCGUGCCCAGGGUUACCUUCAAAUCCAUUGGCGCCUGUUGGAGUCUUACUAAAUUCGACUGCCUCCAACCCUUCUGGAAAUAAUGAAAGGCAACCGUUGGGUGCGUUGGCAAUGUAAAAAGCCGUACAACAAUUAGAUUGGACUGUCCAGAAUUACUUUUAUGGUUGUAAUGUAACUAUCUGGUCCGAUUACGAUUAAAUGUGUUAAUGUAUUUAAUAAUUUUCUUUGGUGUUCGAUGGGUCUCUACUGAAUUGGAUCACGAUAGCGAUUCGAAAGGCGAUUAUCGUGUACAUAGCCCACUAGAGAGAAAUCCUGUUCUAUCAUCAACCUCCAAUGUAUUUAGCAAGGAUCACUUUUAUUGCACGAUAUCCAUUAGUUGUCUUCGUGCAAGUUUAAGUUGUUGUGAACACAUCAGAAAAAUGGGUUGCGCGAUUUUACCCCAGCCCUUAUUUAGUUCUGAUUAGGUUACGUCAGAUUUUCAAUUGUUUGGGACAUUUAAGGAUAUUAUUUUUCGAGUAGAGAAAAUACGUUACUUAGGAAUAAACGUUUUAUCAACAUGGAUUAA